CUUCCUGCAGACAUGCCUCGCCAAUUCCCAAGGGUAACUCUUAGUGAGGCCCAGAAAGAGACUCAGAUGCUGGCGGAAAAGGUUUAUGCAUCUGCGUUAAAGGAAGAAGACACCAAAGAUGCCUUAUCAAUGUUCAGCGUGCCUGAGGACUGCCCCAUCCGCUUCCAGCAAGCCAUGGAGCACGAGCUGCUCAAGGAGCUGGCAGAGCAACAGUCAGAGCAGUCUACCAAGAGGAAGAAAAGCUUGAGGAUGAUUCGCUCCCAGUCAUUGGGCCUGCAGAUGCCACUGAGUUCAGAUUGGACAAGGCCAGUCCCUGUUACACCAUACCUGUCCCCAAGCUCCACCUGUUCAUCAGAGACAGAAAACCGCCUUGAUUAUCAGAGGGUCACUAUUAGUGGUGAUUACUGUGCUGGAAUCACAGUGGAGGACUAUGAACAGGCUGCCAAAAGUCUGUUAAAGGCCCUGCUUAUUCGUGAGAAAUACUCAAAGCUGGGCUAUCAUCGUUUCUGCAGAACAACGACCCAGUUCCUCUGCAGUGCUGAAAACAUUCCAUGGCGCGAGGAGGAUGAGGUUCAACCAGAUAUGUGCCCGUGUCCACUAGGUGAUGAAGAUCCCUACAGCAUGGACAACAUCCCAGAGAACCUCAAUUAUGAGCUGAAGAUGAAGGAUGGAAUAGUGAAUGUGUUUGACAACGCUGAGGCGCUGAUAGAAAAUCAGCCCCAUGACCUUCCUUAUCCAGACUUAGAAACAUUCGCCAUCGACUUCGGCCAUUUGCUAAACAUGAUUGCAGACGGACCCACGAAGACUUACUGUCACAGACGACUAAAUUUCUUGAGUUCAAAGUUCUACCUCCACGAGAUGCUGAACGAGAUGGCUGAGCUGAAGGAGCUGAAAAGUGUUCCUCACAGAGAUUUCUACAAUGUCAGGAAGGUGGACACACAUAUUCAUGCAGCUGCCUGCAUGUCUCAGAAGCACCUGCUGAAUUUCAUUCAGAAAACGUAUAAGACCGAUGCCGACCGUGUGGUGCUGGAGACGGCCGGACAAAAUGUUACUCUGCAGGAGGUUUUCCACAGCCUCAAUAAAGACCCAUAUGACCUGACUGUGGACUCUCUGGAUGUACAUGCGGGGAGACAAACCUUCCACCGGUUCGAUAAGUUCAAUUCCAAGUAUAACCCAGUGGGAGCGAGUGAACUUCGAGAGAUCUUCCUGAAAACAGACAACCUCAUUUCUGGAGAGUAUUUUGCUCGGAUCAUAAAGGAAGUGGCCCAUGAUCUGGAGGAAAGUAAGUAUCAGCAUGCAGAGCCUCGUGUGUCCAUCUACGGACGCUGUCCAGAGGAGUGGGACAAGCUGUCCAAGUGGUUCAUCCAUCACAAAGUUCACUCUCCAAACAUGAGGUGGAUCAUUCAAGUACCCAGAAUAUAUGACAUUUUCAAGUCGAGGAAGCUGGUACCUAAUUUUGCCAAGAUGCUGGAGAACAUUUUUCUUCCUCUGUUUGAGGCCACUGUUAAUCCACAGGAGCACAGAGAGCUGCACGUUUUCCUCAAAUACGUGUCAGGAUUUGACAGCGUCGACGACGAGUCCAAACACAGCGAUCACAUGUUCUCCUUCAGGAGCCCGAAGCCAGAGCAGUGGACUGCAGACGACAACCCUCCCUACAGCUACUACCUGUUCCACAUGUAUGCAAACAUCAUGGUCCUCAACAACCUCAGGAAGGAACGUGGACUGAGCACCUUCCAGUUCCGCCCACACUGUGGAGAAGCUGGAUCCAUCACUCAUCUGGUCUCUGCCUUUCUCUCUGCUGACAACAUCUCACACGGACUCAACUUGAAAAAGAGUCCUGUGUUGCAGUACCUGUACUACCUGGCCCAGAUGCCAAUUGCAAUGUCUCCACUCAGCAACAACAGUCUGUUCCUGGAAUACUCCAAAAACCCUCUGAAAGAGUUCCUGCACAAAGGCCUGUGUGUGUCCCUGUCCACAGAUGACCCCAUGCAGUUCCACUACACCAAGGAGCCACUGAUGGAGGAGUACGCCAUCGCAGCUCAGCUGUGGAAGCUCAGCACCUGUGAUGUUUGUGAAAUAGCCCGGAACAGUGUUCUGCAGAGUGGACUGUCUCACCAGGAGAAGAAGCACUUCUUGGGCGAGAACUACCUGAAAGACGGACCCGAAGGGAACGAUAUCCGUCGGACCAAUGUGGCACAGAUCCGCAUGGCCUACAGACACGAGACACUGUGUAAUGAGCUGAGUUUCAUAGUGGAAGCGGUGAAGUCUGAAGUCCUAAAUUCCCAAAGUGACUAA